AUGGACGUGAAAUCUUUGUCGAAUACCCAGCUGAUUGCAUUCGCGUUUGGAGUUGGAUCAGCAAAAGCUGAGGAAUCUGAGAAACUUUUUUUCCCGGCCCGUGGGGAGUGCUUUGCAAUGGACUCAGGCGUAGAAAGUCUGCGUGAAAGACUUGUUGCGGCAGUGGAAAUUGACCGUCGCAUGGCACUGGUCGAGAUGGAGGAUGUGAGCAGCCCAGAAGCUGCGAAAACGAUGCUUCGCCGCGCAAUAGUGGCGCAACAGCACGAGUCCUUCUGGGUGGUAUUUAUGGAUGCUCAAAACCGUGUUAUUUCUACACGGGAACUGAGUAUAGGGACUGUUUCACAAUGUUCAGUGUAUCCACGAGAAAUUGUGAAAUCUGCGCUCAAAUGUAACGCAAGUGCAGUAAUCCUGGCUCACAAUCAUCCGAGCGGCAAUUCAACACCAUCUCGUGCGGACGAAGUUCUAACGAAGACCAUCAAGGCGGCACUCGUCUUGGUUGAUGUGCGCGUUCUGGACCACUUCAUCGUGACCCGUAACGAAAUGUGCAGCAUGGCCACUAUGGGUUUAAUUUGA